AUGGCGAAGAUGGAGCUGAUCUCCUUCGGUUCAAUUUUAACGGACACCAUAUCAAAUGAAACAACGACGUCCGGCGAUCGCCACGGGCGACAAUUUCCAUUUUAUUCGCUGGGUCGAAUUAAGAACGUUCCGUGCAUCGGAACCAACGGACUCGCCGGGACGUGCCAGAUCAAGGGAGAAUGUGCCACGUUUGGAGGAUACGCCUCCGGUACCUGCAGUGCGCUGACCCGGCAGGCCGUCUGCUGUGUCUAUUCGGGCACGUGUGGCGGGACUUCAAACACGAACGCAAAUGUGACCUACUUCCAGAACUCUGGAUAUCCGUCUCCAUACAAUGGCGGUGGAACCUGUUCUUUCACAGUGGUACCUCCGGACAGUUCAAUUUGCCAGCUGAGAAUCGAUUUUACAGCAUUCACCUUGUCACAACCAGAUACUAACGGAAAUUGUAUUGUGGAUAAUAUGCAAGUAACCGGUGGUGGAACCCGAUUUCCGACAAUGUGUGGAGACAACAACGGUCAACACAUUUACAUUCCCUUCAGUGGAACAAGUCCGAUAACGGUUUCAAUUUCGACGACCGCAGCCAUGUCGUUCCCUCGAGUCUGGAACCUACAACUCUCUCAAAUUUCCUGUACCAGUGCGUAUCAAGCCCCAGCUGGUUGCUUGCAGUACUUUACGGGAACAACCGGAGAUGUGUACAGCUUCAACUACGGAGUUGCGGCUAAUCCUGCCAUGAAUGCGAUGGGACUGCCCGGAACAAGACAGUUGGCCCUCUCAAACUAUGGAAUCUGUAUCCAAAACGCUGCAACAUAUUGUUCAAUUACUUAUUCUUUGCCGGCCACGGAACCGUACGCAUUCACAUUGACGAGUGACGUGACAACCAUCGCUCCGGCCAUGCUCGGAACGGCGGCAGUAGGAGCCCAGGGAACGGCCUGCACCACAGAUUUCCUGGUCAUCCCGAAUCCGGUCGGUAUCGCAGCGGAUCGAUUCUGCGGGGCGGGAUUGGGGCCCACGACCAGUAACACGCUGCCCUUCGUCAUGUACUACGUAACCGAUGCUGCCGAAACGGGCGAUGUUGCCAAUCGUGGAUUCCAUCUGCAGUACGUGCAAAAUUCGUGUCCCAUUCCUUCGGGGAAAUAA